AUGGCAGCGAACUCCAACAGCCAGAGCCAGAGUCGGGGCUAUGUUGACUAUGCUGCGCAUAUAUCUGCUGAUAUCGAUAAAUCGGUUCCUCCGCUCGACGAUGGCCAUGAGCCUGCUACAGGGCUCCCAGACACCAGCACCAAUGGCCAGCCAGGCCUCGAAGUGCCUGUCCUUACUCUCCAUCUGGGUACUGCAAUUCCGACACCUGCGCAUCUAGUCACGGAUAGCAAUUCAGGAUCGAACGCACCGAAAAUCGUCCUUCAUCCCGCCGGUUUGGACCUAAGGCCGGAACUGGAGCAGCCGGGCACCACGAAUACAAACAGCUUAGCGUCAAGUAAGCCGAAGAAGCGGACUUGUCUCAAUGUUUGCCGAGCUUGGCUGUGGGAGUUGCUUGCCUGCUUGUUCGCCAUGCUGCUUCUUGUCGCUGAAGCAGUGUUCUUCGGCCAGGUCGAUAAGCGGAGUGUGGAAGGCUGGAAGGCUGGAAGGCGACCGGGAACUGGAAGAUCUCCUUCCAUCAUUGCGUUUCUGACAACAAUUCUGGAAGCCGCAGUAGCGUUUGCCGUGGCAUCAUGUCUUGGUCAGCUGAGAUGGUUGUGGUUUCAGAAGGGACAGGAACUGCGCUGGAUGGAUCGCUUGACUAAUGCGCGCCAGCCCGUCUGCAUGGAGGUAACUUUGAGUCUUCAAUAUUGUGACCUGAAGAACUCUCUACAACAUGAGUACAGACACUGGGCGGGGCUCGGUGGCUUCCUCGUGCUAGCUUUACUCGGCAUUAACGCCUUCACUCAGCAGAUCGUUAACCCAGAGUAUCAGUCAUACAACACAACCGAAAUCUACGUACCGAUAGCAUACACAUGGCUGGAAAAAUACGAGGCUGGCAAUAAGCGUGGCAGCGAGCAGUCAUAUAUCGAUAUGACUGCUGCCGUCAUCACUGGAUUUCUGUCUCCCAAUACUCUGAGAAGUUACGCGGACACUGUUGCGGGAUCCGGCUUUGUGACGUGUCCCAGUGGCCAUUGUGACUUCCCAUCUUACUACUCUCUGGCCAUUUGCUCCAAAUGUCGAGAUAUAAGCGACACCGUCAUCUGGCCAGAGUGUCGAGGCUCAGGAUGUAGACAAGAUGACCAGGAGUCAAGGAUCCGACUGAGUACGAUAGACCUGAGUCUUGACUCCAGGAACGGGAUCGUCAAUAUCACAUCGAACCUGGGGUAUCCCGAUGAUAGUAGCAUAUCAGACGUCGGGCCUUUGCUCGCGCACUAUUUCGGCCUCGGUCUUAGCCAGGGCGCCGAUGCAGAGGCCAACGCCUCCGAAUGUGCAAUCUUUUGGUGUGCUCAGAGCUUUAGUAGUUCCGUCUACUCGUCUCGGUUCUCAGAACUUUCUGCUAGCCCCUAUUCCACUGAUACGGCAAGGACUGCGAUAACGAACGACACGCUUAGUGAAAAUAUCACGAUCAAGCUGCGUGACUGCUAUCUGACCAACGCCGAUGGGUCGACUAAUGGCACAGCAUGCGUCUUCACCGUGGAUGCACAGUCACAUCGUGCGCUGCAGAAUUUCUUGGUCGGCGACAAUAACGAGACUUGUUUUCUGCAUGGUGAAUCGUACAACAUGGACACGGAUCACGAGUACUGGUGCAGCAACUCUACAGCAGCAGAUGCAAUUGUCGCGCCGUGUAGCAACAGAGCUUACGAUGAAACGUAUGACUGUAAUCCGGACAUGUUCGCCAAUCUCCAGUACUCGAUACAAGAUAUGGCACUCUACAUGACAAAUUUGAUCAGGGAGAGCAAGUUCAACGACUAUCGCAGCCACCAGACAGGAGCGAUGACCAUAGUGGUCUACCGCAUCCACUGGCCUUGGAUAGCCUACCCGGUCACCAUUAUUGUACUUGCAACCAUGUUCCAUGGCAUCCGUAACGAGGACCGCCUCGCAUUUAUCAAACUCGCAACACAAAAGGAAAAGGAAGAGGCAUACCGAAAGUGGUCUGUGGUGCUGGAAGACGAAAACGGUCUGCAAGUCUUCCGGAAGGUCGAGAAACUCGGAAUGGAGCCCAGAGAAGGCGAAGUCAACAUGCAUGCUCGACUGGACGGCAUGGCUGAGCGACCGGUUCAUUUCGCUGAAGAGAUACGUCACGCCGCAUUAGCCGCAGGUUUCGAAAGCGUUUGA